AUGGCGCUGGAACCCUCCAGCAGUUAUGUUGCUCCGAGCAACUUAAUGGAGCCAUCGAGCUCUUCCCUUCCCAUGUUCGACGUCGAGCAGGUGCAGUUGGCGUUCUCCGUCGCUGCGGACUUCGUUGCAGCGCAGGUCGCAAACAAUGUCCUUGUACUAGCCUUGUCGACGAACCGUAUUCUCCGGAUUGAUCUCGACUCCCCUGAAGAUGUUGAAGACAUCGAUCUCCCUAAGAAAUCAUCAGAAGUCGGAGUGAUUCGGCGCAUGUUUCUCGACCCGUCGGCGUCCCAUCUAAUUAUUACCACGACCCUCGGCGAGAACUACUAUCUCCAUGCUCAGUCACCCUCACGGCAACCGAAGCUCCUAUCCCGGUUAAAAAACGUAUCAGUUGAAAGUGUCGCUUGGAAUCCCUCUCUACCUACCGCAUCCACCCGCGAGAUCCUUAUCGGCGCCACCGAUGGCAACGUCUACGAGACUUACAUUGAUCCGUCCAGCUACCGACUAGAGAAGUAUCACACUCCGGUCUUCCAGGUGCCCGAUGCCUCUCCGGUAGUUGGAAUCUCGGCAGAACCGGUGCUCUCUCACCCUGAUCAAAGAAGGGUACUUGUAGCUACAUAUGAAAAACUGCUGCACUUCAUUGGCCGAGCAGCAGUUUCGAAGCAUGGGGGCGGCGUUUCUGUGUAUUCUGAACUUUUCCAGCGCGAAACGCCACUCAUCCAUGAACUGCAGAAUCCAUCUGGAUCUGCACCAUCCUCGUUGGUGGUUUCUCCUCCAAUCUCAGAUGGUUCCCAGAUGGAAGGUUCUACUGCAAAGGAGUUUGCGUGGCUCAGCUCUGAAGGAAUAUACCAUGGACAGCUCGUUUCGGAGUCUCCAUUCAAGGCAGCAAACAUGCUUCCGCGCUCGGUUUUCCCGGCUUCAGAAUCACCUCGAGGCGGCCGAAAGUUGAUACAGGAUCCAAUUUCUGCAAUGACUCUCUCGCAGUGGCACAUUUUGGCCCUUGUUGGGGGCCGAGUGGUUGCAGUAAACCGUCUCAGUCAGGAAGUUGUUCACAAUCAACCAGUUUUGGAGCCUGGCCAAAGUGCGCUGGGGCUGUUGACUGAUCUCACAAAGAACACGUAUUGGCUCUUCACGAGCCAGGCUAUCUUUGAGGUUGUGGCAGGUGAGGAGGACAGGGACAUCUGGAAGAUUUUUUUGAAAGAGAAUAAAUUCGAUGAUGCCCUUGGUUAUGCUCGAGGUGCUUCCCAACGAGACGCUGUGAUGACUGCUUGGGGUGACUCUCUGGCAAGCAAAGGCCACUUUAUCGAAGCAGCCAAAGCAUGGGGCAAGAGCAGCAAAGGAUUCGAAGAGGUCUGUCUCACGAUGAUUGACAAUAAAGAACAUGAUGCAUUGCGCAACUACCUCCUUGCUCAGUUGGCAACAUACAAAAAGGCCUCACUGAUGCAAAGAAUAAUGGUAGCGAGCUGGCUUGUGGAGUUAUUUAUGUCCAAGUUAAAUUCUCUUGAUGACAACAUCGCGACAAAAGCCGAGCUGGCAGAGGGCACAAGCACUGGAGAAAUCAAGGACCAGCUUGGCAGCAUCCGAGGCGACUUCCAAGAUUUUGUGAACAGCCAUAAAGCGGACUUGGACAAGAAAACAGUUUACGACAUCAUCAGUAGUCAUGGGCGUGAAGAAGAAUUGUUAUUUUUUGCAACUGCCACAAAUGAUCACAACUACGUUCUAUCAUACUGGAUCCAGCGUGAGAAAUGGUUGGAAGCCUUGAGAGUUCUGCAGCGGCAAAGUGAAGCCGAUGUGUUCUACAAAUACAGUAGUGUUCUUAUGACACACAAGCCUACAGAUCUGGUCGAUAUUUUGAUGCGACAGACGAACCUUGAUCCCGAACGACUAAUACCUGCUUUGUUGAACUAUAACAAAUCAGCCAGUGUGUCUUCGCUCAAUCAGAAUCAAGCUGUCCGGUAUCUCAAUUUCAUCAUCGUCAACCACCCCAAUCCAGCCGCAGCGGUUCAUAACACGCUUAUUUCCAUCCAUGCAUCCAGUCCUUCAACUUCCGAGGCUGGACUACUUACUUAUCUCCAAUCGCAACCAUCAUCGCCCCCUCCCUACGAUGCAGAUUUCGCACUUCGACUAUGCAUUCAAAACCAGCGAGUCCAGUCCUGUAUUCACAUUUACAGCACUAUGGGUCAGUACCUACAAGCCGUAGAACUGGCCCUCGAGCACAAUGACAUCGAUCUUGCCGCGAUUGUCGCAGAUCGCCCAGAGGGCAACGAUAAACUUCGCAAGAAGUUGUGGCUCCUAGUUGCGGAGAAAAAGAUCCGCCAGCCUGGAACAGGAAUCAAAGACGCAAUCGAAUUCCUGCGUCGCUGUGAGCUCCUCCGCAUUGAGGAUCUGAUUCCUUUCUUCCCUGAUUUCGUCGUCAUCGAUGACUUCAAGGACGAAAUCUGUACCGCUUUGGAGGACUACUCACGCCACAUCGAUGCUCUUCGCCAAGAGAUGGAUAACUCUGCCCUGACAGCCCGUCAAAUCCGCGGCGAGAUUUCCGGUCUAGAUACGCGGUACGCCAUCGUUGAGCCGGGUGAAAAGUGCUGGAUCUGCUCGCUUCCAGUUCUCAGCCGUCAAUUCUUCGUCUUUCCGUGUCAGCAUGCUUUCCACAGCGAUUGUCUGGGGAGAGAAGUCUUGGAGGGUGCUGGUGGCAAGAAGAAGUAUAUUCGGGAUCUCCAGGCGCAGCUCAAUAAUGGCGAUAUCUCUACCUUGCGGCGAGAGGAAAUUGUUAAGGAAUUAGACGGGCUGGUCGCUGAAGCUUGUAUUCUCUGCGGUGACCACGCCAUCAAACAGAUCGACAAGCCUUUCAUUGCCGACUCAGAAACUGCCGACGAUUGGGCCCUCUGA